ACACUGCAGAAAAUGUUGUGCUUUAACACUAAAAGCUAAAUAGUUAAUGGUAUUAAUUCAUAUAGUGUUUUCUAGUUAUACUGACCACUUAAACCACUUUACACUAAAGCCACAUUCACCCAGUUGCACUCACAAAUGCACACACACUCAUACACAGAUAUGCAGAAUGGGAGGUAACAUGAGGUUAGUGUCUUGCCCUCGGGGCACAUUGACAUGUGCCAGGAGGAAGCUGGAAUUCAACCCAAAACUUUGAGAUUGCAAGACAGCAACUCUACCAACUCAAAUAUGGCAUUACAAAACUUGUUUUCUGGUAUACAGAGUAUUCUGUAUGUAGACCAAAAAUGUCAGUUUCGGUCUCAUUUUCCAUCUUUGAUGUAUCCCCUACAUGGCUGGUGGCCAUAAAUUCGUGAGAUCCCCAAAGCGUGGGACUUCGUUUUACAAGCCUAAUCAGUUUUUAACUUCUCCACAACUUUGGUAAAUGGUAAUUUUACUCUCUUUGGCCUUCACAAAACAGCUGCAUUUAUUUGCAUUUGUUGUUUAAUGGAUAAUUCCACCACCACCUCACAUUUUCACUGCACACUUUUACUCAAAAUACAUUGGACCAAGAGCUUUUACCCUCACAUCCACACCUGCUGUGAUGGGGUCAUCUUUAUUUAUGAGUUAUCAUGCCAAAAUAUAAUAAUAUCAUAAAAAAAUCAAGGUGAGUAAAUCCCUUUGACCUUUAUCAUACUCUUAAUUUAUGCCGGUGUGAGAUAGGAAACUUGAUGGUAGCAUUUGGAAGCCUGUUUCCGAUAUGACUCGGAUAUCAUUAUUUGAGAGAGACAGAGAAGGGUAGAAGAGAAAGUUGGAGGAAGUGAGAGGCAGAAAAAACAGACAUUGUCAGGGAGACAGAAAGAGGCAGCAUACUGAGUUACACAGGGUGUUUUCUGUCUUUUCUCAGUGGACCAGAGAAGAUGCUAUCUAAAUUAUGUGUACUAGAUCGUAGAAACUUCUGCUUUAUCUUUGCUGUGUGCACUGGCAUUUGUGUGUUUGUUUUUGAAAAAGAAAAACUACAAUGGCCACAAUGAAAACCAAGAGCUAUUAUCAACUGAUUAUAAUAUUUUGGAGGUUUUAUCAUAUUCUGACCACAAACUUUUCUUUAAUGAUAUAAAAAAUACAAACAAAACAUUUAUUGAAUCUUUAUUUAUUCAAAUUUGUUCCACUGUGUUUUAAAUACAUCACCAAAUUACAAAACUCAUACUGCUAAACAGCAUAUUUAAGUUGUUACAGAACUUUAUGACCUUGUUUUUAUGUCUCUGACCCACAUGACAAGGGCCUCCCCUUGUGUCUGGUGUGUAAAACAGCAGGAGUAAAGGAUAUGAAAUUAUGCAACCUACUUUGAGGAAGUAGCAUUGCAUUUUUUGAAGACACCAUUUUGAAUGUAGGCGCUUCAAAAUGAGUUUUCAAAUUUUAUUAAGGAUUACCUCUUUAAUCCUAUUGGAAUGUGUCAGACACACAUCUGGUACCUCAGGAUGCUUACUGGAAAACACAACCUGUACUGACAUUCGUGUUGCUGAGGGAUUUAGAUUUAAACACCAAUGCCCAGAAGGCAGCGAGAUUUCUGUUGAAGCAACCGAUAAGACCCAUCUUGCCAUGGCCGAUUUACGCAAACAGUCUUUCAGUCAUGUGGCUGAUAUAGUGAAAAUGGACAACCAUUCAGUGAUCACAAAAACCUGCCAAGAUCUAAUCUUUACAUGCACAAUUGUUACUGAAAAUCUUGUCCACCUUGGAGAGAAGUGUGUGAACAUCAAAACCAGCAGUGCAUGGAAUGCUUCCUUAUUUCAACCAGAUGAUUUUAGUUUGAGGCCUGAAUACAUUGCAGCCAUCCCAAUCUUUGUUUUUUCUGCACUGCUCCUUAUCUCUUACUGUUGCUGGAAAAAAGAACAGGGGAAUCAACUGAAUGCAACGUAUUUGAGAUAUGUUAUCACCUGUUCCUGUUUCAGAAGGGUGAUUUUCCACAGCGUCCCUAGAAACCAAGAAGGAAGUGGAUUCCCAAUGGUUGGAACAAGAGAUUUAGCAGGACAGCACAACGGUGACAUCAGGAAUGGAAGAGAUCCACGUGGAAGUGGUGAAACCGACCAACACACACUUGAAAGCGUUAUCAGCUUCAGGAACAUGAGAGAAGAUCCAGGAGGCAUAAAUGGAACUGCAGGAAGAGAAAUUAAAAGGGAGCUGGAUGGUGGAGGGGCUGCUCCACAUCGUCAGGCUGAAGAACAGCCACUGCUGCCAGAUCAACGAGCUGCCAGCGAAGGUUUAGACAUGGCGGGUGAAGCUGUAGCUUUGGUGAACGAGCUUAGCAUCGACCAGGACCGAAUCAGCAGGUGCUCUGCUGCACCAGAUACUGACGUGGAGUCAAUACGUUGUGGAAAUCCAACAAGCAAAAUAUAAUAGAUAAUAAUGAUUUAUUAUAAUAAUACAUAUAAAUAUUAUAUUAUAUAUAUAAUAAUAAUAAUAAUAAUCACAGUCACUAUGUAAGACAUUUACUGACAUGUCCUUUAGGGUUAGCUUUUUGUCUUAAGACUAAUACUAAUAAGAAUAUUUCAGAAGUAUGAGUCAAUGGUCUUGAAAACAAAUUUAAAAACGUAAAUGGAAAUGUUUGGUUGUUUUGGUUCAGAUUUGGAAAUUAUUGCUAUUUGCAAACUAAGUGCAUCAACUAAAUGUACUUACAGCUUAGCUGUUUGAUAAGGCAAGUAUUACUCUAUUUUUUCUGUAUGAAAAUACUGACUGCUGAGCUUGACCAAAGGGGUGGGUGAACCACAUACAUGUCAGAAAUGUGCUGCAUACCUGUGAGGACUAAAGAAAAACAAAAUUACACUAUAUAAAGCUUAUUAUGAAUAUGUUUGCCUAAAAUAAAGGCAAUUUCUUUAUAAAUUAUGUACAUUAUGUAAUGUAUUACAGUUAAGCCCAACAUCAUUCCUCUGGCAGAUUUUUUCUCACUGGAAGUGAUAACAUUAUAGAACCAGAUUUCUGACUUAAAUCAUAGUUUCUGUGGAGGAAGCUAAAGAUUAGGAUGAUGGCAAGUAGUCCUCCCAACCUCAAAGACUUGGAGCUCAUAACCAAAGAUAAAUGAUCAAAAAAUCUGCAGAAAUUUGCAAAAAAAAGCUGGUCCGCAGUUAAAAAGUUACUGUUACUGUUACUUAUUUGUUACUGCUGUAAAGUCAAUAAGGAUGUUUCUGUUGAAUAAAUGAGAAGGGUUUAAAUAUUUUUUUACAGGGCAUUCUUUAACUAAAUGUAAAAGAAAAUAUCAAUUAUGAUUUUUAAAUUGAUAUUCUUUUUAUUUGUUAUAUUAUCUUUUGAGAGAUGUCUCGUUUCCUCUCAGAAAUAACAUUCUUGGUUGAAUGAAACAAGUAUUGUUUUAAAUCUAAAUCUGCCAGGAGAAUUAUUCUGGGUAAGAAUUCAUACAGUUAAGUCUGUAUUUUUUAGGAUUGCAACAAACUAAUUGUCAACAAUACUAUAAAUGUAUUCCUUUUAAAUUUGCUAAGCUUAUUUAUUUCCAUUUUCUUUUGCACAUAAUAUAAAUCUUAGUAUAUUUAACUAUUAUUACAGGAAAUGUUUGUGACAAAUUUACAGUUUUCAAGUUUUUACAAUAGUAAUAUUUUUUGGGAAACACACACGUGUGUAUACUUCAUGUCAAUCUAGUUCUUUGUAAGUUUUUUUUUUUCAUUUUAUUGUGACAGCAUGUUUAUAUUAUUGCUUUUAUUAAUCAAUCUGUUUUGUUGUAUCUAUAACUGCCUCAUAACUGUAAUCUCCUUUUGACUUUCAAAUCUCAAAUAAACGUAUUUUCCAAUGUA